UACCCUAUAGACUGGACUCAUCGGCCUUCUGUCAGCAUCCUUCUCUCUCAGCAGCUACUAGCAUGCACGCGUGUAUAUAUACCACCCUUGGGCAAGAUCCCAAAACAGCAAGUAGAAGCACAGCGGCCAUCUAAACCUGUACGAUAAUCUUUCUUCCAUUGCACCAACCCCAAGCCAGCAUCCAAUGGCAGGCCAAGUAAUGGAAGCUCAGGCGCAGCUGCAGCGUGCCGUGACGCUAGCCCAGCUACCGCCCAGCUGCAAGAACAACAACCUCACGACGACGACAAUGCCGGCCACCUCCGGCUCCAACACCACCACUACCACGGCGGCCGAAAUUGCGUACCUCCGACAGGUGCAGAACGCCGCGGCCGAGGCGAACAACCACAGUGGCAACGGCGGCGCGCGGGGGGAGCAGUGCCCGCGGUGCGCGUCGCACGACACCAAGUUCUGCUACUACAACAACUACAACACAUCGCAGCCGCGCCACUUCUGCCGCGCCUGCCGCCGCUACUGGACGCUGGGGGGGUCCCUGCGCAACGUCCCCAUCGGCGGCUCCACUCGCAAGCGCCCGCGGCUGGCGCAUCCUCCGCCGUCGGCGCGCCGCCCUCCGGCACACGUCUUCGGUCUCGGCGGCGCACCUCCGAUGCCCCCACCGCCGUCGCAGGGCCUCCUCGGCUCGCUGUUCGCGCUCAGCGCGGCGCCGCUGCUGGAGGGGCGCGGCGCAGGGUUCGACCUUGGCCUCGGGCUGCCGCCAGCCGGGCCCUUCAGCUCCGGCGAGGUGGGUUUGCAAAUGCAAGGUAUCGGACCUAUCGGUCUCCGGGUUGGUGGUGGUCCUGCUGGGGCGUCGCAGCUGUUCUGGCCCACCGGGCUGCUGGACAACGACGGCGUGGACACGUGGAAGGUGCCCAGCGCCGGGGCCAGUGCAAUGUGGCCGGAUUUCUCUGCGGCGGCACAGGCAGGCGGGCUGAUGCAUGGUGGGGCCCAGUUGAUGUGACUGGGCAUGCAGCCUUCCCCAUAGAGGAGUAUGACCUGCUACGCUAGGCUUGCAGCUCUACUCGUAUACCUACGUAGUCGUGUAGUAGU